AUGGCCGAGUCAAGCAAAGACAUAGACAGACGCGUCUCUAAACGGUCGAAGAUGCGACAGAGUUUAGACUCAGCAUUUGGCGAUCCACUACAAGACUUCCAAACACCAACAGCGGUCCGACAGAUCAGCAAGACCAUUGACAACGAAUCCGCAGAGAUCGAAGGCCGAAUUCGAAAAAUCUCCGAUUCAUCAGACGAGCCUAUUGGCGAUGAGCCAGAGAGGACAUCUCUUUAUAUUGAUCAACGACAAGAACUAGUCGAAGAUAUAGAAGCCCAUCUAAAAGAAGCUCGCAAGGUCGUCCGUGAAGCUCGCGAACUAUCAUCGAACUACCAACGAAAAGAGCUAAAGAGGGCCUUAAUGGAGCUUGAUGCAACUGAUAACAUUCUGCUGAAAGAGAGGGCUGCUCUGGCGGCUGACCGAAUCCGAGUACAGUACGGCGUGCUAGGUCAAUUGAGCCAUAUUAAAAUCGGCGAAGCUUAUACGAUGGCCAUCACCGGCAACCUCCCCGAGCCUGCUAAUGCAUCUUAUAAAAGGCAGCAUAAGAGAUCAGGCGCCGAUCAGACAUCAUUUCGAAACAGGCUUAUUAAAGCCUAUAAUCCCGAAGGCUUCAAGCUCUUACAGACGCCUCCCGAAAUUUUCUCAAGUAAGAUUUGGUGUCCUAUCUCCGGGAGAGAAUUUGAAACAUCAACGAUGAAGGCAGCUCACAUAGUUCCGUACGCAAUCGGCGAGGAGAACGCUACAUAUUUAUUCGGAUCCAAACCGGGCGAAGGGUACGGUCUCAUUUGGUCAGAACGGAAUGGCCUAAUGCUGCAUAAUACCCUCGAAAAGAUCUUGGAUGAUGGACGAAUGGUUAUUGUACCCGACCCAACAGACAACAACGAGUUUAUGAGCAUCAUUCUGUCUCAAGAUCUACUAAAUGACAGUAGACUAUGUCCAGCAGUCGAUGCGCCGUACAGCACAAUCCACAAGAGACGUCUUCAGUUUCAGACUGCUGCAAGGCCUGGGAAGCGUUACCUCUAUAUGCAUGCAUUAUUGUCGUUAUUUCGUCGACGCCGAUACGAUGUACUUGGAUGGGAGAACGACCGACAGCAAGUAUUUAAUGGUCAAAUUUGGGCCACACCCGGGAAAUGGGCGAGAAGGAGUAUGGUGGAAGCUCUAGCUUUGGAAAUUGGAGAUAGCUGGGAUAGCGUCGAGGUUGAAGGUGGUCUUGGAGACUUUCCUGGUAGAAAGUCUCCUGAACAGGAGAAGAGAAUGGCUACGGUGACGAGGUAUUUGUUGGAGACUCGAACUAGAGAUACAGAGUUUGAAGAUGAUGAAUAA